CCGAUAGAUGUCGUAUUGUUGAGGGUCCUUGAGAGUUGCGGAAACCCGAAAUUCGAAACGUUUUCGACUGAAACUCGGAACAUCAUGCGGAAUCAAAAUUCUUGUUCACCUUUCAAAUACUGAGCGUGAUGUCUGCAUCGAACACUGCAUCAAUGUUAAGGGUUAUGCCACAAUCAAUUGAAGUAAUCAAUGGUAUCAACUCUGCAUUCUUAUCCAACAUACUACUUCUAAUUGUCAAGAGGUUAAGUGAAGAACAAAAAGUUACCCAAAUCUUCAGUCAAGAAGAAAAACUAAAAUUGAAGGAAUUACUCUCAUUGCAUGAGGAUUCAACUCUUGAAAUUGUGCUGACUACACUUGAAUACAUUAUCCGACAUGCUGCAUUUCAUGUUAUGAGACCAAGCAACUUAUCAAAACAUGUAAGUGAAUUAGGAUUUCACGAACAAGUUGGAAGUUUAAUUUCAGAGUUAUGGGCUGUACAUGCCAAAUCUGUCAUUGACACAUUAAAAAAAGAAACAUGUUCACAUCUGAAGGUAGAACACAUUGAAUCUUCAAUACACUAUUCCUUGUCAUCACUUAAAGGAGGGCACACUGAGAUUCCACUGGCACUUGUUCACUUCAAUUUGAAUGGAGGUAACAUUACCAAGAAAACGGCGAACGACCGACCACGUUCCCCAAAUGACAGUUGCAAACCUACAUUAUCGUUGGAGUUUAAUCGCGAAGAAUUAGCAGAGUUUUAUCAAAUGUUAGAAACUGUUCAGAGUCAUUUAGAUGAACUACUGUAAGAAUUCAUACCAGAAGCAGUGUUAUUAAAACUCAAUAUGUUAUUGAGUAUUUUCCAUUAAUGAUUAAGGACGUUUUUGUUUUAUAGACCGCUAUUGAGAAAAUGAACACAGUUCACUUGCCUGUUUCCUAAACUUAUCUAGAAUGUUGUAUUUUACUAUGGCAAAUAUGUUAAGCUUUGCAUCCAAACGUAUUUCCCCUCUGUACUAUUAAUAAAAGGAAACAUUACGGGUAAAAA